AAAUCAACAACAACUACAACAACCAAACAACCAAAAAAAAUAUGUUAAGCAAUACAUAUACACUUAGAGGACAUCGGUUUAUGCAAUUGAUACCCGUAGCUAAUGUUGAAUAUGCAUUGGACUACAAACCCGAGGACAGGGAUCGUAUUCAGGUAUCCUAUCCGCGAUCGGGUAGCAAUUGGAUACAAUAUAUUAUACAAUUGAUAGUCAGUGAUUGCCAACAAUUAAGUGGUUCACAACAUGGCUACUAUCUGUUUGAACGUACUGGUAGACAGUUGAUCGACGAUCAACAGGAGAACCUGGAUGUUACUAUACUGACUACACACCUACCCUGGAAACUGUUACCUAAUAGCCCGGAUAGUAGUCGGGCCAGAUAUUUGUUGGCCAUCCGAAACCCGAAAGAUGUUUGUGUAUCGCACUAUGAGUUUAUGAAAGCUGCCCGAUAUUUACCGGAUCAGAUCCAGGAGUUUCCCGUAUAUUUUCGGGAAUAUUUUCUGGGCGGUGGCCAGUAUCAGGAUUUUGUUGGCGAUUAUUUCGGACAUGUCCGCGAGUAUUGGUCGGAAUUUAGGAACGGUAUGUCGGAUACCGAUACGGCCGGUGCCGACAAUCAUAAUAAGUAUACUAUACUAAUCUAUGAACAUAUGGUCGACAAUCCCCGUGAGGCUAUCAAAACUAUUGCCAAAUUUUUAGGCAAUAAUUAUUUCGAUAGACUAUCAAUGCCUAUGCUGUCAACUACUAGUGCUGCUGAUGAUGAUGAUAAUGGUGUCGACACCUCAACCACCACCACUACCACCACUACUAACUCCCUGUCCUCUGUUGAGACACUAUUGGAUCGUAUUGUCCGGCUAUCAUCUAUUCAGGCAAUGAAACCAAACUAUUCGGGCGAUCCUCGUAUUAGUCGCGGUGUUGUCGGCAAUUGGCGCCGUUAUCUGACUAAACGGGAAAGCGAUUUGAUUGACCAGAAAGUAACGGAUGAAUGGCAGGGAACGGGUCUGGAGUUGUUAUGGGAACAGGAGAUGAAAUGGCAUAAAAUAACAGAUCAUUAA